GUUCAUCACAGUUUUUUCUAUUUCGCACUCUCGCUUUUGUUUCACAUUUUUAAGUUCUUUCUAAUUCAACAAAAAAAAAAAACUUUAAAAAUUCAAAAUGGUUAAAAUUCUAUUUGUUUUCGCUUGUCUCACCAUCGCUGCCGUCUCCGCUGCACCAACCGCCGAACCACAAGUCGAACGUGAAGUAGUACCAAUUUUGAAAUCGGAAAUCAACAAACACGAUGAUGGUUCGUACGAUUUACACUACGAAGGUGGUGACGGUACCGUGCGCAAAGAGGAAGCUAGCGUAGUCGAUGAGGGUACCGAAGAUGAAGCACUCGAAGUUAAGGGCUCCUACAAAUAUAUCAAUGAAGAUGGCGACGAAGUGGAGGUCUUCUACACAGCGGGCAAAAAUGGUUUCGUGCCAUACGGUUCGAUCAUCAAUCCAGAAAUUUCGGCUGUUGCUGAGGCCGCCAAGGAUUUGCCAAAGGAAGAAGUGGAAGAGCCAAAAAAGAAAUCUGCCAGCGUUUAAGAAAAAA